AGGGGUAUGUUUCACACAUCUCUCUCUCUCUCUGUGUAGCAUUGAAAGGUUGAGAUCUAUCAGCUUUGGUGAGGUUUGUGGGAAAGAUGGUGAGUCCCUUUAGGAUGAAGUUGCCAAGUUUUGUAAUGAUAUUAAUGAAUAUUGUGGUUGUGGGGAUUAGCAUGAGCAAAUCCUAUGGAGCAAUUAGCAAUGAUAUAGGGAAAAAGAUUGAAAGAAUAAACAAGAGGGGUCCAUACUUGGGUAUUGUGGUGCCAAACUCCUACGAGAUGAACCCUCUUCUCAACUCUUCCAGCUUUGUGGCCGAUGGCGAGUUUCCCUUCUUGGAUUUUUCAGGAAGAAGGUUUCGAUUUGGAGAGCUGGGAAAUCAAAAGGUUAUAGUUGCUAUGACAGGAUUGGGCAUGCUUAAUGCAGGAAUAACCACACAAUUACUGCUAAGUCUAUUCAAAGUGAAAGGCAUUGUGCAUUAUGGAAUUGCUGGAAAUGCAAACCCUGAUCUCCAGAUUGGAGAUGUGACUAUCCCCCAAUAUUGGGCUCAUACAGGUCUCUGGAAUUGGCAGAGGAAUGGAGAUGGGCCUAAUGAUGAGUUAGCCUUGGAACCUACUGGAGAUUACACUAGAAAUAUUGGUUACCUCAAAUUUUCUGAUUACAACAAUGCAACUGAAAAUGGGAAACCUAUAGAGAAUUUUCUGAACAAUGUUUGGUAUCAACCGGAAGAGAUCUUCCCCAUUUAUGGAACUCCAGAAGUUAGACAGCAUGCCUUCUGGGUUCCCGUGGACAAGGAUUACUUCAUAGCUGCAAAGAAACUCGAGGGCUUGAAGUUGGGGAGUUGUGUCAACACAACUUGUCUGCCAAGAACACCAAUGGUUGUGAGGGUAAAAAAUGGAGUUAGUGCUAAUGUUUUUGUGGACAAUGGUGCCUAUAGAUCUUUCUUGAAUACCAAAUUUAAUGUAACUGCAAUUGAUAUGGAGAGUGCUGCAAUUGCUUUGGUCUGUAUUCAACAGAAGACACCUUUUAUUGCAAUCAGGGCUCUGUCUGACUUGGCUGGUGGCGGGUCUGAUUUGUCAAAUGAAGGCGACAUCUUCUCUUCAUUGGCUGCUCAAAAUGCAGUUCAUGCUGUAGUUGAAUUCGUCACCCUAUAGUUUUCAUAGUUUUUUUUUUUUUUUUUUUUUCGUGAGAAUGUCACAUUCAAAACCUUCAUUCGUGUUCCAUUAAUAAUUGACUACAAUAAAGAAAUGUAGUCAACUUCUAAUAUAA